AUGCAACCCGCCACCCGCAAACGCAAUUACCACAACCGCCAACCACCACAAGCAACCGCCACCGGCACCGACGCCACCCAAGACCGCCACCACCAUCACUGCCACCCGCAAACGCAACCCACCGCCGCCACCGCCGCGGCCGCCAACGCAACCACCCAAAGCCAUCCGCCACCACCACCACCACCGCCAACGACACCACCACCACUGCCACCGCCAACAGCCAUCACCACCACCACCACCACCACUGCAACCCGCCAACGCCACCCGCCACCGCCAACACUAACGCCACCACUACCAUCGCCACCACCAACAGCCACAACUACCAGCCAUCACCACCACCACCACCGCCACUGCGGACAACGCAACCCGUUCACGCCACCGGCCAAAACCACCACCACAAUCAACGCCAUAAUCACCACCGUCACCAUCAACAGCCACCACCACCCACCGACACCACCGCCACCGCCAUCACCACCGCCUGCCGCCAUCGCCACCCGUCGCCAUCGCCACCGCCGCCAACGCCACCCGACAAAACAAACACAACCGCCAACGCCACCACCACCACCGACAGCCACCACCACCACCACCGCCAUCACCACCGCCCGCCGCCAACGCCACCCGUCACCGUCACGGCCGCUGCCGCCGCCAACACCGACCGCCACCACCACCACUGCCGCCGCCAAUCGUCAUCACCACCCACUAAUGCCACCACCAUCCGCCACCACUACUUUCACUGCCAUCCGCCACCCGCAAACGCCAACCACCACCAACGCCAACCACCACCGCUGCCAUCCGCCACCGCCAACCACCACCCCCGCCAACCACCACCGCUGCCAUCCGCCACCCGCCACCGCUAACCACCACAAACAUCACUGCCAUCGCCAUCCGCCACCGGCAACACCGCCACCCGCCAACCUGUUUGCCUAA